UGCGCCGGCGCGCGAGAGUUGUAGCCUGGCGUCUCGGCCUCUCGACCAUUUGGUGGCGCGGUGUGUGUGGAAGGAGACGUUUGGCUCCUGUCCUGUGACUUCUUCAGAGUGUGACAGUGGCGAACGUCAUGACGAAAGGAGAUCACUGAUUUAACAUAUAACAAACAUCUUUUUUCUUUUUCUUCUCUUCUCUUAUAACCCAGUGACCGCGUGUGCUUCGUUUGCGUACGGGCGAGGCCUUGCAAAACCUCUGUCGGCACCAUGUUUGAACCCAAAGCCAGCGGCUCUUCCCACUGGGGAAUGCGUUUGUUAGGUCUGUGUGUUUUAGUGCUCGCUUUCUCCAGUCCGGCGGCCGCCCAGGAUACCAAUGAUACCGAGGCCUUCUUCAGCAAGUGCAACCCCGGCCUCAUCCUCCCCGUAUGGAACCCCCAAGAAGGCCUGACCACGGGCGAUCGCGUGGCCAGGGCCAUCGUCUACUUCGUGGCCAUGGUGUGGCUUUUCAUCGGCGUGUCCAUCGUGGCCGACCGCUUCAUGGGCUCCAUCGAAAUGAUCACCUCGCAGGAGAAGGAAGUGACGGUCAAGAAGCCCAACGGCGAGACGCAGAUCAUUGUGGUACAGAUCUGGAACGAGACCGUGGCUAACCUCACUCUCAUGGCCCUGGGCUCCUCCGCCCCCGAGAUCCUCCUGUCCGUCGUGGAGAUGUUCGCCACGAACUUCGAGGCCGGUGACCUGGGUCCCGGUACCAUCGUCGGAUCCGCCGCCUUCAACCUGUUCGUCAUCAUCGCCAUCUGCGUGUACGUCAUCCCCGACGGGGAGGUGCGCUACAUCAAGCACUUGCGCGUGUUCUUCGUCACCGCCACCUUCUCCGUCUUCGCCUACAUCUGGCUGUACCUCAUCCUGGCCGAGAUCUCCUACGGCGUCGUGGAGUUCUGGGAGGCCUUCCUCACCUUCCUCUUCUUCCCCAUCGUCGUGGUGCUCGCCUACAUCGCCGACCGUCGCCUCCUCUUCUACAAGUACAUGAGCAAGGAGUACCGCAUGAACAAGCGGGGCGUGAUCAUCGAGCACGAGGCCGGCGGCGACCUCGAGAUGGGCAAGAAGGACGAGGGCUACCAGUACGGCGAGAACGUCGACGAGUCCGUCAAGGAGUUCGAGGAGCACCGCAAGGAGUACAUGUCGGUCAUCCGCGAGCUGAGGGUCAAGCACCCUGACAUCGGCAUGGAGACGCUCGAGUCCAUGGCCAGGGAGGAGAUCAUCAACCGCGGCCCCAAGUCCCGCGCCUUCUACCGCAUCCAGGCCACCAGGAAGCUGACGGGCGGCGGCAACAUCAUGAAGAAGGCGCGCGAGGAAGUCAAGGAGACCAAGGAAGAAGAAGUCGAAGAGAAGAAGGACCUGGACACCAUUCGCAUCAUGUUCGACCCCGGCCACUACACCGUCAUGGAGAACGUGGGCACCUUCGAAGUCACCGUGAUUCGCGAGGGCGGCGACCUCAACACCACCGUCCUCGUGGACUACAAGACCGAAGACGGCACCGCCAACGCCGGCGGAGACUACGUCCUAGCAGAGGGCACCCUGGUCUUCCUGCCCGGCGAGACCCAGAAGACCUUCAACCUCGAAGUCAUCGACGACGAAGUCUUUGAGGAGGACGAGCACUUCUACGUCCGCCUCUCCAACAUGCGCCUCGGCUCCCCCGACGGAACCGCCAUCACCCACGCCGUCAACGGAGCAGCCGGUCAGCCCAACAAGCCCGUCAAGAUGGAGCUCGCCGCUCCCUACGUCGCCACCAUCAUGAUUCUCGACGACGAUCACGGUGGCAUCUUCAACGUCGGCGAGAAGGACGUGGAGAUCGUCGAGUCCAUCGGCACCUACGAGCUGAAGAUCGUCCGUUGGUCGGGAGCACGUGGCCGCGUCUCCGUGCCCUACAAGACCGAGGACGGAACCGCUAAGGCCGGAAAGGACUACACCGAAGCCGAGGGAGAACUCGUCUUUGAAAACAACGAAACUGAGAAAACCAUCUCGAUCACCAUCAUUGAGGAGGACAGCUAUGAGAAGGACGUGCUCUUCUACCUGGAUAUUGGCGAGCCCGUGGCCGUGGGAGAAACUCCAACACCCGAAGAAAUACCCAACUCAGUAACAGGAGAUAUAAUUAUUGAUGAAACAGGAUUCGAGUUCGCCACUAAGGGCUCCGAUGCGAUGACAGAGGAAGAGAAGAUCGCCCUGCUUGGUAAGCCCAAGCUGGGCAAUGCUACCCGUGCCCAGAUCAGGAUCAAGGAGAACAAGGAAUACAAGAACAUGGUUGACAAGCUGGUGAAGAAAGCUAACGCCUCUAUGCUCGUCGGAACCUCUUCCUGGAAGGAACAGUUCACUGAGGCCAUCACCGUGCAAGCUGGCGAUGAAGGAGAAGAGGGCGAGGAAGGCGAGGAAGCUGAGGAGAAGCUGCCAUCCUGCAUGGACUAUGUCAUGCACUUCGUCACUGUCAUAUGGAAGGUUCUGUUUGCCUUCAUUCCUCCAACAGACCGGCAAGGUGGAUGGUCGUGUUUUGUAAUCUCAAUAGCAUCGAUUGGGUUUUUGACGGCAUUAAUCGGUGAUGUGGCCAGUCAUUUUGGCUGCACCAUUAGCCUUAAGGACUCCGUGACAGCGAUAUCAAUUGUGGCGCUAGGAACCAGUGUGCCAGAUACAUUUGCCUCCAAGGUAGCUGCUCAGCAAGAUCCCUAUGCUGAUGCCUCUGUUGGUAAUGUUACUGGAUCCAAUGCUGUCAACGUCUUCCUGGGUAUUGGUAUUGCGUGGACCAUGGCUGCAGUUUAUCAUAAUGUACAGGGCAAUGACUUCAUUGUAUUGCCUGGCAACUUGGCCUUCUCUGUCACAUUAUUCUGUGUUGAAGCCCUUGUAGCUAUCGUACUGAUGAUGGCUAGGCGGCAUCCCAGCAUUGGAGGUGAACUGGGUGGUCCUCAUAUUCCAAAAAUGCUCACUACUUUCUUUUUGAUAUUCCUGUGGGUCUUCUAUGUGCUGAUGUCAACUCUUGAAGCCUACAAGCUUAUCCCAUCCCUUGCGUAGUUAAAUCAGUAGAGGCUUGGAUACAUGCCCUACUAUAACAAUACGGUUGUGGUCAUGGCGAUGAACAUGGAGACUAAAUGAGUCCAUGGUAAGCAGGUGCCUUUUAAUGCACAGCUUAAGCUUGGGUUCAUUUUACUUAAAACCUACUGAUCUCCUGGGAAGAGAUAAUUCAGCAAAAACGUUCUUCAGAAAAGGUCUGGGCAUGCCAACAAUACAUUGUUUUGACUGACAUUCUUAAAUGUCAUCCACAACCACCAAUUGUUACCACCACAUCCACCACCAAAAUCACUUCCAGUCCUGUAUAGAGAUCUCCAUUAAUACCACCAAGGAUUUGUAAUAUGGCAGUCACGUCCACGGGACAGGGAGUUUCUUUUCUGCAAAAAUGAAGUUUCAUAAAAUGCCCACAUCCUCAGCAAAACGAAGGAUGUCUAGAACCAUGUGGGCGUGACACACGAGCAUUCCUACCACUAACAGUGCCAUUACCUCUAGUUCUCAUCUUUGCACAAACAUUUAUUUUGGCACAGCAGUGAAUGGCAGUGCUCGUGGCCGAAAAUGUGUUGACCAUACUUCUUGUCACUGCCUUCUAUGGCUAUGACAGAGGCCAUGAACCAAAAUGGAAUCCUCUGUGGUCAGGGCUGCAUUUGCUUUAUGUAGCAAAUGUGAAAGUAAAAAAUGAUUCCUGUAACUGUGGCCUCGAAUGGUGAUGGCUCUGCAUAUUAUUGCUGAGGUAAGGGCCUCGUCUGUGGCAAAUGUAGUUCAGAUAGAAGUAGAGAGCACUUGAAUGAAAGGCCAUUUGGAAAACAGAAGAGCGAGAGAGGAACAUGUGAUCUGGUUUUCUCCCCACAGACUUGACCAACGCCAGACAUUUCCUUCAAAUGAAAACCUAUUCUUACAUAUGAAAGUUACUAAGAAAAAAAAGGUUUACCCUCAUUCCUUGUAUGUGUAUCUUAAGUUUACUUUGUUUUUCCUUUACACAUCGGUUUUAUUUUCAUUUCUGUGACUGUGUUCUGUGCCAUCACCAAUAUCCCCCUUAAAUGUGGUCACAUCGAUUGGCCAUCUAGACUUUACCCCCUGCCACUAUGGUUUCUUAGGUCAGUUUCUAGUGAAGAAUAUAUGAA